ACAGGUUGAACAAAACGACAGACGAUAGGUCGCUUUUAUGAUCGAUCGAGCCUCAGGUUGCAGUGUAGCGCGAUGUUUAAAUGCUGGAAAAACAUGACACUUGUUCUUUAAAACUUUUUAAAAGCUGAUUUUACAAGCUUGUUCGACAAAUUCAAGAAAUUGUUGUUGCGUCGAGGUUGGUAUUAGAAGAACCCACAACGUAUCACGGACAUCUCAUUUCUAGGACUUGUUAAUUACAGAUAUCUCACUACACAGCUCGUACGAAAUCAAGAUGUUACGUCGGGCACUAAUGGAGGAAGACAAGACAAUAACAUCGGAACAACUGGAGCUGCAUUUGGAGGGUUGCAACCCACAGCAGUGUGUGAUGGUUGCCCACAGUCCGUCCAUCCAGGUGUACUAUGCACUGCGCACCAAGUUGGAACAGAGUGACGAGAUGUGGCUACAAGAGUUUAUUUCACUGGACGGUCUGAACAGCCUGUUGGAGUCGCUGUACCAGAUGACUGGCAAGUCGUUCACAAGUUUCUCCGAUGCCAUUCUCCAGCUGGACUGUAUUUCAUGUAUAAGGACGAUUCUCAACACUAAAGUGGGUCUGGAGUAUUUCUUGACCAAUGAUAAGUGUGCCAAGAGAUUAGGAUUAGCUCUUGACAUCAACAACACUCUGCCGAAGAAGCAGGUGAUAGAGAUUCUGUCUGCAGUGUGUGCCUUCAACUCACAGGGAUACCAGCGAGUCGUAGACACACUGGAACAUUUCAAGCGUGAGACGAACCAGAGCCACAAGUACAGUAUUAUCAUCAACGAGUUGAAGUCAGCUGAGACCGUCCCCUACAAGACGACCUUAUUGACGUUCAUCAACUGUCUCGUCAACUGCUGUGAAGACAUCUCUGAGAGGACACGGUCGAGAAAUGCUUUCAUUGGUCUGCAGCUGUUGGAUGUGAUGAGUUUCCUGCAACGAGAAGAGAGAGAUGAUGACUUGCAUGUACAGCUAGAGACGUUCUACCGACGGAAACAUGAAGAUGAGGCAGAGAUGGAGGCGAAGUGUAAUCUUGACCUGAGUAGUCCACAAGAUCUCACAGACAAGAUACAAGAGAAGGUUUUUGGAACUCCAAAGAUGGCUGCCUUUGUGAAUAUCCUACAGGAUUUGUUGGCUCUCGAAGUAUCAAAUAAAGGGACUAAAUUCUGGCACACUAUUGAGAACCAAAUUCAUUACCUAGUUCACAGUACUGACAACUGCACCAGUUUAGAGAAAUCCACACCAGCUGAAAUUGACUCCAUAGUAACAAAUGAAAUCAACACCUCCAGGGAUGGCAUGAUAAAAGGUGCAUCCAGAUCAUGUAUACAGAAUUCAUCGUGCCGGAAAUCUCUCACACAUAACAGUGUUUACGAGAACGUGAACGUGAACCCAAACGCUCCAAAGAUGCUGAACAAUUUGAAUACGCUAACCCCUUACAAACGAAGCUGGAAUCAUUUCAACAGUAUUCUCAAGAUGAAGGAGGCAUUUGAAGGAAAAUCUGUCUCCGGGGAUGACGUACCAUCACCAAGGACAUUGAUUCCCAUGCCGACAAAACCUAUGAAGAGUGUCAAGUGGAUAAAACUGGAAGAUAACAUUGUUGAAGCGAAUGGUAACAACAUUUGGUCGCACCAGGAGAACAUCCCUCGUGUUCAGCCGGACUACAGAGAGCUGGAGACACUGUUCAAUGAGACCAGGGUGUUUGAAGACUAUGACGAGGUUCCACUACUGAGUCAGGAUGUACGUUUAAACGUGAACCUGUUUUUAAAUCGCCUGGAAGUGGAGCCCGAGGAACUUGUCAGAAAUCUGGUGGAAGGGGAUCCAUCAAGUCUUUCAUUGCCCAUGUUGAAAUACCUGCACAGAAUUCUGCCUGAUCACGAUGAGAUUUUGAUGCUCAAGUCGUACAAUGGCAAUCUGCUGGAGCUAGGUCUUGGAGAACAGUUUCUUCUGCACCUGUCUGAUGUUCCCGACUACCGGGCUCUGAUCAGUGGUCACUUGACGAGAGCUGAGUUCACGUCCAAUAUCCAGCGGCUGAAGACCUCCCUCAAGGCGACCGUGUCUGUGUGUAAGUUUGUACUCGACAGCUCCGAUCUCAGGGAGAUACUCCAGCUCAUUCUGAAGAUUGGAAACUUCUUGAACCAUAGUCAGUACAACGGCAAUGCAGCGGGCUACAAGCUGUCGAGUCUGGGCAGACUGAGUGAGGUGAAGUCGACCAUGAUGAACCAGACACUGCUUCACUACAUCGUGCAGGUCGUCAUUGACAACGAUGAGACCAUGCUCAAGUUCUUCACAGAAAUACCUAAACUUGAAAAAGCUGCAUGCUGUUCCCCUGAAGACAUCAAGCUGGAUGUGACGAAGAUGAACCUGCAGAUGAAACAGUUCGUCCAGCAACUGUCCCGAGCUCAUCCAGCCAUUCAGGACAUCUUUCACUUCUUCAUGGAGGAUGUCAAGUCUGAAUUUAAAGAAAUGCAGUCUUCAAUAUCAGAGUUACGGAACCUUUCCCAACAGAUGGCACAGUACUUUUGUGAAUUAGAAACAGAUUUCAACCUCCAAAAAUGUCUGAAAAUAAUACUGGACUUCUGCAAAGAGAUGAGAAAAUGUAGAUAUGAAAACACACUGUUUCAAAAACAGAGGAAUUUGGCGAGGAGACGAAGUGACCAGUUUCAGCAGCAGAUCCGAUUCAAGAACAUGGCCUUACAGUUUGGUAAAGAUGCCAGAGCCAGUUCUUCAGUGGUUGAGGACAAAAAGAGAAUUCUGGAAAAGAUAAUCAACGACCUACACCGUGGCAAUUUCAGACCGGCCAUUUCCUGUCUGCUCAGCCUGCCGCUCAAUGAUCUCUCGACAAGGAAGGAAAACGUGACCGCUCAUCAGAACAAGGCCGUGACCCCUGAGUCAGAGGUCAAUCCUCUUGACCUGAGCAGUAUCAGCGUGGUGGGAACGCCCAUGGUGAACCGCCCACGCAGCGAGGCGUUUGAUGAUGAUUUCUUCGCAUUCCCUACAUCCACUGCUCGAGCUCGACCUAAAGUUCUCACUAGUUCAGAAAACAACCUUUUGGACGGAACUUCAAAAAGUCUGUGCCAGAAUUUGCUCAAGCAGAUUAAGGCAGCUGAUUCAUCAAGUCAUGUGUCUGGUCACUACCGGAGCAGAAGUGAUCUCACGGGAUCGAUUUCUGUCACAUCAAAAUGGAGGACGUACGAAGCUCUGAAACAGAAAGAGGAAUGGAUACACAACAACGGGCGUGCUCCACUGGCCAAGCCAGAAAGUCUGUGUAUGCUAGCCACCCUGAACCUCGAGGAUCAUGGGAAGACAUACCCACGAAACGAAAUGUCGGUUCACGAAGGCCCCAUGAUUAUAGCUCCUAAACCGAUCACAAGAGACAUGAAGAAGAUGGAGAAAAAAUCAUCGUUCUCCAAUUUCUUCAGCAAAAUCUCGAGGGCGGUGUUGAAACCUCGCAAUACAAACUACACCUGCUACGGGCAAAACAACACGACCCUGUUACAAAGGGAGGGAACCACACUGCUCAAUGUUGGCAGUGCGGAUUACAGUGCUUCGGAAAACAAGGAGAAUGCAGUUGUCCCCCCUUCAACGUUGGAGAAGCGGUACGCCAACAGGGAAUACAAGCGGUUUAAGGCUCAGAGACAGAAGUUGUCUCAAAACAGAAUCAAAUAAACUGAACACUGCUUGUUGAUAGCAUCGAAUAGUGCUUUAAUUGUAGACAAUCUAGAUGUUCAAAUCGUCUCUGCCGGAUCUAUCAGAAAUACCAUCGAGCUUAGAUGUGAUUAAAUUAUUUGGGCAUGUGGUUGAGGGUUGUUGCAAAUAAAAUACAGCUUGAAUGGCAUGAACAUCUAGCUUAAUGACUUUGCUCAAACAGUGUACAUGUAUUUUGUCUCAUACAUAUUGUUCUGUGCUUGCACUGUUUUCAUUUUUCAAAACUGUUUAAAAACAUUGCUGCUUAGAUGUUGGUACUGCUUUGGGAUGGUUUAUUGUGUUCUUUACUGAGUCUGUCAACUGAUGGGAAAGAAAAAGGAUUAAUAAGAAGCAUAUUAAGCUGAAAGGUUUUUCAAUUGGCUGGGAAUGUAUUUUUCUUAAAACACUUUACAAUGUGUUGUGGUAGGUUGAACUUAAUUAAUUUAGUUUAUAAAUUUUUAAGUGAUAUUUUAUGGUAUCCUACCCAAUAUAUGAAAACCAUAAUUUGUUAAAAUCAAAUGACUAGGAUUUUUCUUUCUUUAUUGCCUUGAGUUAAUAAAAAUGAAACACUGAAAAUCCAUGUCUACUGACCAGCUGUUACUAUGGGAGAUUGGAUUGCAGCAAACUGUUGGGGUUUUUUAAGUGUGAGCUUGGUUGUUAGGUUUGUAACCCCUUUGUUACACUUUUUGUCUCAUCUUUACGAAGUAAAAAUGCAAGAUAUAAGUACAUGUGUAUUACUUUUCCAAUGGAGGCAGAAACUGCAUCAACGUUUGCAUUAGCUCAACUAGAUCAAUGGAACUUGGUUUAUAGGUGCAUCUAUGAAUGUUCAUCAUAAUACAUGUGAAAACUCCUAUUGUAAAUUAAUUUUUAAAAUUUUAAAUAAAUUAUGUUUGCAUUUAUCUCAAUGUUAAAGUUUUGCAUUUGACUCCCAGUUCUCACAAACGUAAGUCCUAUAUCCAUGAAGCAUACAUGUAUGAAUGUUCUUCGCUAUGCAUGUUAAAUAUUUUAAAUAUUUAUUAAAUCAAACAAUUUAAUUUUCUUAAUUCGAUGUUUUAAAGAAGUUUCAAAUUUGUAUUAUUAAUUUGUUUUUGAAAAUGCAUUAAGAUGGACAUCUAACUAAGGAUGCAAUUAUCAGCAACACCAAAUAUGUUUAUGGUAGGGGAGACAUUUAAUUCUGUAGAAUUCUUGUUUAAAAUGUUUAACAAGGAUCCUUGUUAAAGUGUGUACAUGAAGAAUGGUUUUAUAAUUGUAUCAUUCUCCACAAUGCAUACAUCAAUAGCACAUACUAUAAAUAAUAUAUUUAAUUAUAUUUUGGUAUAUCAGAUUGUUAUAUACUGUGCAUGUUAGUUGUGAUAUGACAAGUCAUUUCCAAUAUACAGUUAUAUUAUAAAACGUUAAACCCAGUAUAGGGUAAUAGGUGUGUGUAUGUAUGGAUCAUGGGUCAUGGGUUUUAGGUCAGUACUGAACUGAGCUCUUGGAUCAUGGGUCAUGGGUUUUAGGUCAGUACUGAACUGAGCUCUUAACUAAAUGGAUUUGUAAGUUUAUUACAAAAUGGUUGUUUAUACAGUCAUGUGCAUGGUUGGAAACUAAAACAGUGAAGUGAUAAACACAGACUAAUAUUUGUGUGUAUGAUAUAUGUUGGUCCAAAUUGAAUUAAUUAUAAUACAGUAAAACCCCUUAAAACUAGACCCUCAAUAACUGAAAUUCCAACAACAUGAAUGUUUUGAGUCCCUUUUUACAUUUUAGUACAAAAAAAUUACCUCUCCAAACUAUACACCCUUAAAACCAGCCUUUUUAAAUGGUUCUGUGGGUGUCCAGUUUGAAAUUAAACCUUUAUUUGACUUUAAGCUUCAGUCUGAUCAGAGUUUUUGAUCUGCUCUCUUGACGAAUAUGUUUGAUUUAUAACAUGGGGUACAUGUUAUUCAGUAUUUUCUUUCAUUAUACAUGUUUCAAAGAUGCAAGACUAUUCUAAUGUUGCAUACAUUGUAUGCUAAUCGAAGUUUAAAAACUAUAUUUCCCCGGUAUCAUGCUGUAUCCUGUAUCUGGUUGUGAUAAUAUGGUGUGUCAUACAGACAGUUAAGGACCAUUAGACCUUUAAAAAAAAAAAAAGUGUUUCUAGUUUUCCAAUCUACCAUAAUUUUAUAUAGUGACCCUGAAAUGUUUUGAUGCAAAAAAACAACAAAACAAAAUCAUGAUUCCUGAUUUUUUGCAAUCAGUAAACUAGAUUCAGAAGACCUUGGCUGAUUACGUUUCUCGAUUUGAUUAGAUUAAAAAAAAAUAUAAAAAAUAAUAAUUAAAGUUCCUAGCUACCUACCUACCCUACUUUUUUCAAGGAUGAAACCUGAAACACAAAUAUAUAUUUUUUUAGGCAUUAUUGGACUUAACAAACAUAGUUGUGACAAGUAUGUGAUCCUUUUGGAAAAUCGUUGGCGUUUUUGUGGCUGGUAUUUGUGGUAGACCCAGCAGUGUGUGUUUGUAUUGCAAGGUUGUUUUGCUCAGUCUUUCUCAAAUGUGAGGUUUAUAAUUUGCUUUUAUAAUUUAUUGUUGCAAUUUGUAUAUAGUUAGUGUAGAUUCAGCUCAACUCCUUUUAUUUUAUUUUUUACUUUAUGUUUUGCUUAAAAGGAAUGUUUUUUCUUGGAUCACAAGAUAGUGAUACUUACCUUAAAGGUGUUUGAAAAUGGCAUAGUUAAAAUCUUUGUACAAGUUUUGUUACCUUUAUACAGAACUGUACUUUAAAAUUCAUCAACAAAAUGAUGUAAAAACAAAAUUGUGAUUCUUUUUAUACAUGUACCUGACCUGUUGUCAAGUGCAACCAAAGAGAGGUCAAGCUUUUUUUCAUUAUUAUGUUUUCAUACAGUAACAAUGACCUCUCCAGUUGCACUUGCUGAAAGGUCAGGAUAAGUAUUCAUGAGAAGAGAAAAUUAGUUUUCUUCAUUUUAUUAAUGCCUGGUUGUGAUACUGGUUGUGUUUCAUGAAUGAUUUUAAGGCUUUCCAUGCUUUUGUGUUUUUCUAGUCAUCUUUUUACAUAUUGUGUUAAACUGCAUUGACUGCUUAUUAUUGCAUUUGUAUCUGGAUUGAACAUUCAGAAUUAUCACCACCUCAUUCAUUACCUCAUCCCCUUUACUAUCCUACCAUUAACAUAAUCUUUAUUCUUGAACAUUUUCGUAUACAGUAAAACUCUUCAAGACAGUCCUGUUAAUAGAAAUGUCUCCCUAAUAAACCAGAAUUUCAUGCGAACUAGUACAGUCUAUAAUGCCAGUUGUAAUUAAUCAAGAACUGUUGUGAUUGAUACCAUUCACCAGAACUAAAGUAAAGUUUGUUUUAUUUAACGACUCCACUAGAGCACAUUGAUUUUUUAUCUUAUCAUUGGCUAUUGAAUGUCAAACAUAUGGUCAUUCUGACACUUUUUUAGAGGAAACCCAC